UCUUCUUAUCGACACACUUCAACAGUCGAGACCCGACAGACGGUGGAUUGUUUACUGCGUGUGUUUCAUUCUCUGGACUACCAACACAUUCAAGUCUUUCAUUUUGUCUCAGUCACGAUAUAGUUCGACUGUGCUAGCGACGCACAUGAAGACAGUGCUGCUGUCUGCGAUAUACAAGAAGGCCUUGUUUAUGUGCUAUACAUCGAGGAAAAACUAUACAGUCGGAGAAAUUGUCAACCUAAUGUCCGUGGACUGCCAGAGGAUACAGUAUAGUCAUUCUUCUCUAUGUUUAGGGCUUCCAAUGAUCAUCGGUAUUGUCACCAUUGUGGUGUCAGUUGUCGUCAACACUUGGAUUGUCAGCAAACAGAAGGUGAUCCAGGAAGACGUCAUGCAUUUGAAGGACAAGAGGAUUAAAUUGAUGGAUGAGAUCUUAAAUUCCAUGAAGGUUCUCAAGCUUUACGCUUGGGAGAACCAGUUCAAGAACCAAGCUGAGAAAAUCAGGUCCGGGGAGAUAACGCUGCUGAAAAAAGUCUACCAUCUGUUUGCAAUUUCUGAGACAAUCAUGGGAGUCGCACCAUUUCUGUCCAACGUUGCCGUAUUUGCAGUCUAUCUCUUAGUAGACAGAGAGAGUGUGCUGGACGCCAAGACAGCAUUUGUAACACUGUCUCUCUUCAACCUGAUGAGGAUCCCACUCAUUUGUAUGAAACUGCUGAUCAAAAAUGUCGUCCAGAUAUACAUCUCGUUUGAACGGAUACACGAAUUUCUGCUGACUGACAAUCUUGAUGAAUCAGCCAUGGCAAUCAAUCCUGAUGCAGAGCACGCCAUUUCAAUACAGGACGGUACGUUUACUUGGGACCCCUCUCUGCAGCCAAGUCUCUGGAAUCUUAAUGCCAAUAUCCCGUGUGGUCAGCUGACUGCCAUUGUUGGUCCAGUGGGAUCCGGGAAAAGCUCUCUGGUCUCAGCAAUCCUCGGGGAGAUGCAGAAAGUUCAAGGAAAAAUAACAGUAAAGGGUACAAUAGCUUACGUGCCUCAGCAAGCCUGGAUCCAGAACGCCUCUAUUAGGGACAAUAUUCUGUUUGGCAAGGCGUUCAACAAACGCCGCUACAGGCAGGUGGUCAAAGCUUGCCAGUUGGACAGGGAUCUAAGCAUACUUGAGGCCGGCGACCUCACGGAAAUUGGCGAGAAGGGCAUCAACCUGAGCGGCGGACAGAAGCAGCGCGUGAGCCUAGCUAGGGCAGUUUACAGCCAGUUGGACAUUUAUUUGUUUGAUGACCCUCUUAGUGCGGUCGACGCUCACGUGGGGAAAGCCAUCUUUGAGAACGUGCUCAGCAGCAAGGGACUUCUGGCUGGACGGACUCGUAUUCUUGUGACACAUGGCAUCAACUGGCUAUCUCAGGUGGACCGAGUCUUUGUUCUCAUGAACGGUCGUAUCUCCGAGCAGGGUUCAUACAAUGAACUAGUCUCACACAACGGACCCUUCGCCAAGUUUCUCCAAGAGUACAGCAAUGACACCGACAACCAGAAUGAUGACAGUGAGGUAGAGGCAACUACCGCAGACAAAAAUCAUCAAAGUGAGGCAUCCACCAAAGAACACGAGGAAGACGAGAUCAAAGGCGGCGAGCGCAGAAUGUCCAAGAACACUAUAAUAUGGGAUACUUUGUUUUUGGACAACGGUAAUACCUGCCACGUUCGUGACUCCGGUGUUGGGGAGUCACCUGACGCUACCGGCAUCACAACCCUAGACGCAAGAGAAGGCAAGCUUAUAGUGGAAGAAACCCUACAGACAGGAAGGGUGAAGACAGAUGUGUUCCUCACUUUUGGACGGGCAGCAGGCUUGUGUGUUUUGUUGAUAGCAUUUCUAGUUUUUCUCUUUAACAGAG